GUGAAAUGACAGAAUCCAUAAAGAUUAUUCAACAGGCUCUAGAAGGAAUUCCAGGAGGGCCUUACGAAAAUUUAGAAAUGCGACGUUUUGACAGAUUAAAAGAUCCUGAAUGGAAUGAUUUUGAAUAUCGGUUUAUUAGUAAAAAGCCUUCUCCAACUUUUGAAUUGUCGAAACAAGAACUUUAUGUGAGAGUUGAAGCCCCAAAAGGAGAAUUGGGGAUUUUUCUGAUAGGAGACCAGAGCGUUUUUCCUUGGAGAUGGAAAAUUCGCCCACCAGGUUUUAUCAAUUUGCAAAUUCUUCCUCAGUUAGUUAAAAGAAUGAAAUUGGCUGAUAUUAUGACAAUACUAGGUAGCAUAGAUAUCAUUAUGGGAGAAGUUGAUCGUUGAAAUGAUAAUUGAUACAACAGAAAUAGAGACUAUCAAUUCUUUUUCCAAAUUGGAAUCCUUAAAAGAAGUCUAUGGGAUCAUAUGGAUGCUUGUCCCUAUUGUGACUCUUGUAUUAGGAAUCACAAUAGGUGUACUAGUAAUUGUUUGGUUAGAAAGAGAAAUAUCUGCAGGAAUACAACAACGUAUCGGGCCUGAAUAUGCCGGCCCUUUAGGAAUUCUUCAAGCUCUAGCAGAUGGGACAAAACUACUUUUGAAAGAGAACCUUAUUCCAUCUACAGGAGAUACUCGUUUAUUCAGUAUUGGGCCAUCCAUAGCAGUAAUAUCUAUCUUUCUAAGUUAUUCAGUAAUUCCUUUUGGUGAUCACCUUGUUCUAGCCGAUCUUAGUAUUGGUGUUUUUUUUUGGAUUGCCAUUUCAAGUAUUGCUCCCGUUGGACUUCUUAUGUCGGGGUAUGGAUCAAAUAAUAAAUAUUCCUUUUUAGGUGGUCUACGGGCAGCUGCUCAAUCAAUUAGUUAUGAAAUACCAUUAGCUCUAUGUGUGUUAUCAAUAUCUCUACGUGUGAUUCGGUGAGACCUAAAAUUUAUCAAAAUUCUUUUCUUUCUAGAAACAAGGAUAAAAAGAUUUGAUUGACUAUAUAUAUUUUUAUUUUUCUUCAGCAUUUGAGUUGAUAAACUAAACCAGAUAGUUAUAUGAGUGAAAGAAAACGGCUUCUAAAUUUGCAGUAAAAAAGUUGAGUCUCAUUUCCUAUGUACAAGAAUCAAAUGGUGAAAAAAGUAAACAUAAGCAAGAGAGAUUGUUUACCCCAAGAUUCAUGAAUUGUCAUGAUAGCUUGAAGCGGGUUCAAAAGACCAACUCUAUGGAUUUUUUACUGUCUAUUACCAUAGAUGGAUUUCCACAACGGGAGGUUUUUGAAACAAAAAAUGAGUGGAUGGUUAGGAAGACCAAGAUACACAAAGGAUUAGUAAUUGAGAUUAUGUAAGUUAUCCAAGAGGAUAUUUCUGUACAUAAAAGGAAUUCAA